AUGCCUGCUAUGCAUGACGCAACAGGCACUCGUAAGGGGUCGAGACAAGAACUCGAAGCCCUUCCAGCCGACGUGCUUCUGGCAGUACUCUCUGCGUCCCACAACACAGGCGAUUUGUACUCAAUCGUACGCUCUUCCAGAGUAAUCUACGAGGUGUUUCGAUCUGCAAAGCGGGCUAUUCUGAUCAGCAUUGUGGCUAGGGACCUGGGGUGGUCUGGUCUACGGACCGCCACCGCCGCGACUGUGAUAACUUCUGCAACAUUUCGACAUGGCACCGGGUACAAAGGAAAUGUUAAACACGCCAUCAAACUUUAUGAGUCGAUUAUUUCCGAGGAUCGUGGACUAUCGUUCGCAAGGGGCCUGUCAGAGGCCGAACUCGCGAAGCUCGUGAGAAUAAACAGCGGUGUGCAGUUCGUCGUGGAUCAGUACGCCGCGACCAGACUUCCAAGACUGCGGGAGAUACACCCUGAUGCUGCACGGGAGCUGAACUUCCGAGAACGGCAGCGGCUUGCGCACGCCUUCCUCCGACAUCAAGUUCUAGCAUCUAUACAGUCACUCGGAGCAAUGGCACAAGGAACAGCAGCUUACAAACAGUUAUUCGACCUCUUUCGGCCCUGGGAGGUUCCGCAAAUCACUGAUGCCCAUAGCUUCCUGCGUGUGAUGGCGUCAUUUGUGUUCCCCUCUUGUGAGCGAAUCCCGCGAAGCUUGUGGGGAGUCUACUUGACAGGGCGAGAGUGGUGGAGAGACUCGGACGAGCAAGAGGCGAUGGGUGAUCUGGGUGUGAUGCGUGCGAGGUUCCAUGAGAAACUUGGGCAUAAAACCAUGGCGGAUCUCGAGAUCGAAAUGGACAUAUCCAAAAGCGAGCGGGAAGCAAGGCGUAAUAUCAUGCCUACGAGUUACAACUUCCUUGCCGCUGGCUCACUGCCACAGACAAGCGCCAAUCAAAUUGCCGAGCAAUAUUGGAGCCUUCAGGGCGAGAUCUACCAACGAGAGGACGCUCUGACUGGCUUAUUUGUAGUCGAAGACGACGAUGAUGGCAACCAAUCGGCUCCGUUUGGAUGGAUUGAUGGGCACCAUGGAAUCGAUUGUCAGCGACGGGGCGGAGAUCUGUUCCGAGAAACACUACCUCCAGGACAAGGAAAUCUGACCGCACUUCAGAUCAACUGGGCUCGACUGGUUGUUCGCCAGUGGCGGUGGUUGGGUUUCAUGUUCUGGGAUGGAGAGCGGGUGGAGUUGCUCAAAUCGAAGCUACCAGAGUAUUCAACCGGUUGGCUUACGAGGCCUCCGCUAUGUGAUGAUAAUUUAUCGCUUGAGAGUCUUUGA